AUGUACAGGCAGAUUUUAGUGGACUCUUCACAGACGCGCUUACAAAGAAUAUUAUGGCGUACCGACCCUUCGGCCUCCGUCAACACGUUUGAAUUAACCACCAUUACUUACGGUACUUCAUCAGCGUCUUAUCUGGCUACGCGAUGUCUCAAUCAUCUGGCCGAAACAUACUCGAGUGAAUUUCCGGUCGCGGCAGCACGUAUUAAGCGCGAUUUCUAUAUGGAUGAUCUGCUCACCGGGGCAGACACAAUACAUGAACUAAAAUCGAUCCGCAACGAAAUAUGGAAUCAAACCACGGACACAUUCCAUUUCUCUUGUAAACUCAAUCCGUCGGAAAGCAUUACUAAGCGCACCAUAUUAUCUGAGGCUGCUAGAUUGUACGACCCAUUAGGUUUUCUCGGGCCAAUCACCGUUGUCGCAAAACUUCUUCUUCAAGAGCUAUGGCAAUCUGGUGUUGACUGGGACGAGUCGAUAUCGCAAGACAUCCACGCUUGCUGGUUGGAAUUUAGAUCACAACUGGAGUGUUUAAAUCAAUUACAGAUUCCCCGCUGGGUCGAAUUCAUUUCGAACACAAAUUGUGUACAGAUACACGGUUUCUGCGGUGCCAGCCAGCGCGCAUACGGAGCUUGCGUGUAUGUUCGUGCGAAAAUCGGUCCUAAUAAAUAUCAUGUCAAAUUGCUGUGCUCUAGAUCUCGGGUCGCUCCGCUCAAGGCAGUGUCCCUACCACGUCUCGAAUUAUCCGCGGCUUUGUUGUUGGCACGUCUGAUCGUUAAGGUUAGCCAAUCCCUAAACGUAAUGCACUCGACAUCCCGUCGAUGGGCAGUUGUGGCUAAUAGAGUCGGCGAGAUACAACGGUUGACCAGAAUCGAAAGUUGGCGUCAUGUCGGCUCAGCCGAAAAUUCUGCGGAUAUUCUGUCGCGCGGAUUAGGACCCUCACAGCUGGCCGCUGCCGUCAUGUGGUGGCAUGGUCCCGCGUUCUUGCUAGCCGACGAGGAUCGCUGGCCUAUCAACGAUUUCACUCGAUUGAAGGAGCUCCCCGAAGAGCGAAAGAUCAUAUCUACCGCCGCUACUAUAGAUCAAUGCACGGUAGGCGAACUAUUAAACCGAUGUUCAAAUCUUAACAAGGCGUGUCGCAUUUUAGCAUACUGCUUGAGAUUCGUUAAAAGGAAUCGUUCAAAAGAAUCUACGUUAUCUGUUAGCGCCUCGGAAGUAACUUACGCUUUAAGUAUUCUGUGUAGAGUCGUGCAGAAGCAGGCGUUUGCUGCUGAAAUCAAGGCUCUAAAUGAGGAUCAUACGGUCAAUUCAUCUAGCAGGUUAAUCUCACUAUCUCCCUUUCUCGAUGAAACCGGCUUGAUACGGAUAGGAGGCAGAUUGAGACAAUCGGACCUAUCGUUCAAUACUCGACAUCCGAUACUAUUACCACGUGAUCACAGACUAACUUAUCUUGUGAUAGAGCAUGAACACUUACGAAACAAACAUGCUGGAACACAGGCCACUAUGGCUUCCAUCAGGGAACGGUUUUGGCCGCUUUUGUUACAGUCUACCACGCGUCAAAUUAUACAAAAAUGCAUAAUAUGCUUUAGGGCUAAGCCUCGGUUGUCCGAAGCGAUAAUGGGCGCACUUACCUCCAGUCGCGUCACACCAUUCUCGCACUGUGGAGUGGAUUACGCGGGACCGGUCAUUUUACGGGAAGGGAAACGGCGCAACGCGCGCAACCACAAGGCCUACAUAUCAAUUUUUGUUUAUUUUGCCACGAAGGGAGUUCAUAUAGAACUCGUAAGCGAUCUGACGUCGGACGCGUUUCUUGCGGCGUUUAAGCGCUUUAUUUCGCGCAGAGGCCGACCCGUACACAUGUAUUCAUAUAACGGGACCAAUUUUGUCGGCGCUCAGAAACAACUCAAAGAAUUCUACAAAGUUUAUUACAAUCAACAAACGAGAUCAGACGUCGAACAAUUUCUAAGUCGCGAGGGGAUUGUCUGGAGUUUUAUACCUCCAAACGCCUCACACUUCGAUGGUUUGUGGGAGGCGGCGGUUAAAUCCGCGAAAUAUUAUCUGGAGCGUAUCGUUGGCGCCGCCCAUUUAACAUUUGAGGAAAUGCAAACUGAACUUUCCGAAAUAGAGGUUACACUUAACUCGCGCCCGAUCACACCGUUGAGCGCGGACCCAAAUGAUCUCGCGUAUCUUAGUCCAGGCCAUUUCUUAAUUGGUACUACUCUGAGCAGCUUCCCUCAGGCGGAGGGACCUCCGUUAACCUUAACGAUGUUAAAGAAAAUAGGCUAG